AUGGAGGCAAGUGUGGGGCAGACAUCCACUAAGGACCCUGGCCACGUUCGCUCCCAACACACCCAGCGGCAGCUGGGCCCGCGGAGCCGGAGGGCGGCGCACCCCAGCGGGGGAAGGUGGCUCCGGCUGGGCGCCAGGACGCGGCUGGCAGAGGCGGGCGGGCUCCCGGGAAGACGCGCGGCCCGCGGAGGGGCGGAACUGCUGCCUCGGGAGCCUCCGGCGCGGCGGCUGCAAACGCGCCUCGCUCGCCUGAGCCCGGGGCAGCUGCGGCCUUUGUGCGUCUGCAGCGGGCUCGGCUCGGCUGGGCUAGUCCCUCCUGCGCGGCGGCCAGGCCGGGCCGGGCUCCGUGGCGAGGGGCCCGAUAGCGGGGAGGCUGCAGCCGAGAGAGCGAAGCUGCCGCUGCCCGAUGCCGGCCGGGGCAUGGCUGGGGCGCGCUGCGCUCAGGCUCCAGUCACAUUUGACGACGUCGCUGUCUAUUUCUCCGCGGAGGAGUGGGAGGAGCUAGUGGAGUGGCAGAAGGAGCUGUACAAGGACGUGAUGAGGGACAACUACGAGGCUUUGAUCUCCCUGGGACAUGCUGCUGCUAAACCUGACAUUAUCUGGCUGAUUGAACGUGGGGAAGAGCCAUGUGUCAAGGGUCACAAGGACUCGGGGAGUGGAAAAGCUUUUAACUUCAUCUCAGUUGCUGAGAUCAGGGCGAAGAAGGAGACUCAUCCACAGGAGACUCUCAGGGAAUUGGAAGUGCCCAGGCUGUUAGCAGGGGGAGCCACAGAACGUGGCCUCCAGAGCUCGGACAGGGAAUUAGCCUGUCAGGUUCAGUCCAGCUCAGAAGAUCAUCGGGGAAACUCUGCCAGAAGUGGAGUGGAGCCACCUCCUCCUUGGCAAAGCGGGCUCACUGCAACCACCUGGCAACGCCGCUGCCUGGGAUGUGAGCAGGCGGCUCCUUUUGAGCUCUCUGGGGGAUGCCUGCGUGAGGCUGAGGACAGGUUCUGGCCCUUGGAUGUCCUGGCUCCCCAGCCAUUCACUCCUGCAGAGACUCUGUAUAAAUGCAUCCAGUGUGAGAAAUGGUUCACUCACCUGCCAGCUGCAGGCGGUCACAGCGGGAACCCCGUGGGAGCAGAGCCCUCCAUGUUCCCCAAGUGCAAGGGGAGCCGUGGGGAGAGCUCUCAUCUUAGUGCAUGUCAGAGAAUCCCCCUAGGAAAGACCCCCUGUCUGUGCGCUCGGUGUGAGCAAAGCCCAGCCCAGCCCCUGUCCCAGAGAAUCCCCCCACGAGAGACCCCCUGUCUGUGCACUCGCUGUGAGCAAAGCCCAGCCCAGCCCCUGCCCCAGAGAAUCCCCCCAGGAGAGACCCCUUGUCUAUGCGCUCGCUGUGAGCAAAGCCCAACCCGGCCUGCACCCCAGGAAAUCCCCCCAGGAGAGAUCCUCUGUCUGUGCACUCGCUGUGAGCAAAGCCCAGUCCGGCCUGUGCCCCAGAGAAUCCCCCCAGAAGAGCGACUGUAUAGGUGCCCCGAGUGCGAAAAAAGCUUCUGCUACAAGCAGGAAUACACGUGGCACCAGAGAGCCCACCUUGGUGGUAGGCUCCAUAAAUGUAGUGGGUGCGAGAAAAGCUUCCGCUCCAAGCAGGAGCUGGUUUGGCACCAGCGGGCCCACGCAGCGGAGAGGCCAUACAAGUGCAGUGAGUGUGAGAAGAGCUUCCACUACAAGCAAGAAUUUGCCUGGCACCAGAGAGCUCACCUGGGCAACAGGCCGUACAAAUGCCCCACCUGCGAUAAGCACUUCCGCUACCAGCAAGAGUUCACAUGGCACCAGCGGAGCCAUGCUGGGGAAAAGAGCUACAAGUGCCUGGGCUGUGAGAAGAGCUUCCGCUACAAGCAGGAAUUCAUGUGGCACCAGAGGAUCCACGCGGGGGAGAACUCCUACCGAUGCCUCACGUGCCAGAGGACCUUCCGCUGCAAGCAGCAGUAUACGAGCCACCAGAGGGUCCACAGUGGGGAGAGGCCCCAUAGAUGCUCCGAGUGUGGUAAGAGCUUCAGCCGGAAUUCAGCUCUUCUUAAGCACCAGCGACUCCACACCGGGGAGGGACCUUACCGCUGUCCUGACUGCGAGAAAAGCUUCAGCCAGAGCACAAACCUUCUCCAACACCAGAGAUCCCACGCACGCAGGAGAGCCCGGCUGGAUGAGCAGAAGCCUUCCGAGGGGAGGCAACCCCAGCAAGGCCCAAACAAGGCUGCGGGCAGAGAGACCCUGUAA